GACAAUGGUUUUUGUUUUAAAUGCAGAAGAGUUGAGGAAAUGCAGCUGGUCUGGGAUCCCAAGGCAGGUCCGACCAAUUACGUGGAAACUCCUUUCAGGUUACUUACCUGCAAAUGCAGAAAGGAGAGAAAGCACACUACAGCGGAAGCGAGCAGAGUACUUUGCUUUUAUCGAACAAUAUUAUGACUCCAGAAAUGAUGAGCACCAUCAAGAUACUUACAGACAGAUUGCCAUAGAUAUUCCUCGUAUGACUCCUGAGAGUUUAAUACUACAACCAAAAGUAAGAGAGAUUCAUAUUGAUAUUCCAAGAACUAAUCCUCUUAUUCCUCUCUUUCAACAAGCUUCUGUGCAAAAGAUCUUUGAACGCAUUCUUUUCAUAUGGGCGAUAAGGCAUCCUGCCAGUGGAUAUGUUCAAGGAAUAAAUGACCUUGUCACACCUUUCUUUGUAGUCUUCGUUUUUGAAUAUAUUGGAUGAUGCUUCUCCCUCGUU